ACAGUCCAAGACUACAAUCUGCUGAAACAGCAAGUUUCAGUUCUCCAGUGGUCUCAAGUGGAAAGAGAACUGAAACAUGGCUACUACACCCUCGUCGAAUCUUCACGAUGCUACACUGUCGAAGACUUUGAUUGAAGCAAAACAUCGACUGGGGUCUGUCUAUUUUGAAGCAAGACUCAUUGAGUGUCCAAAAAACGCAAUCGAACUGAAGAAGCUGUUGAAGAAAUAUGAUUUUCUAGAAAGGGAGUAUCUAAAGCAAGUGAUUGAAGUUAAUCGUGGGCAGCAGAUGUUGAGUUUGUCGCUGACAAACUAUCUAAAAGCAGGUAGACCCCUCAGCUCACAGGAAAUUUUCAGCCAUUCGCGAUCCCACCGUCUUACGUUACCUCUUCCCCCUGGUUUCCGCUUUCGGUCAAAUGGCGAAUCAAAACAAGUGCAACUGAAAUCAGUGCCCACAGAAAUAGAUGGACAAAAAUGUUGGAAGAACACAAAUCAAUGGCGGAAGCGACAGUAUGCUUUGCUAAACUCCGUUCUUCGCGAUACCCAAGUGAUAAAAACGACCAGUAACGAGGACACUGUUGGUGAUAGCGACAAAUCCUCAGCAGACGAAUCCAAAAGUGUAAUCACAAAGGACAGCAAAACCGGCAAAUCACUGUGUAAUUCGAGAUUUGCUUUCAAACCUGGUUCCAUUAACUUUGGUAAAAGUACUGGGAAGAUCCUUAAGCAGAGACGCUGCACACGAAGCUCCCUGCGUCCAGCCUGUUCGGCUUGUCAGUUUAAACUGAAAUACUCUGAUGAAGGUUUACAGAAAAUCCAACACACCCAGAAAGAACCACUUCGCCGGUGGCAGAUCCCUCCAAAAGGCAUUUAUGUUCAGGCCCCAUUUAACUUUAACGAGCUCAACAAAAUAGUGCGAGCAGCUCAGGGUUGCAAGGGUUCAGAUAUUUCUUCCGAAGCCGAGCUAACGCAGACUUUUCCUGUUGGCCGCGGAGAUGGUAAAACUGAUGAGAACCUCAAGAAAUAUCCUGCCAGAAAUGGCAGCGAUGCCCAACGACUAGCGAGUUCGGCUGCUCUGACAUCAAUCCUCCACAGAGCAAAAUGUGAGAAAACCAGGAGAAUUCCAUCCAUAAACGCGUUGGUGAAAGAUCAAUUAAAUUACUUCGGGGAGAGAAGAUCCUCAGUGAGCUUUUCGCCGUCCGCCACAAACUCCUCUACCGUCGAGCCCGCAUCACAACAGAUGGUGGUAUCUGGCAGCUACUGUGUAACUUCCCCAAGUUUGCGCAGAGGACGCACAAUGUCCCGCCUCAGGCAUCUCUCUGUGGACGACUGGAGACCUAUUCUGGAAGAAGAAAGAAAAAGGUGUGCCUUCAACGUCGAGCGCUUCCUAGAAAAAUUACCUGGAAGUUACAUACAAAAGGUGAAAUCCAAAGAUCCGGACCUGUUGCCAUGGGCACGAAGCAAAGAUUAGAGGAACAUCUUAUUCAUAAAGGACUCCAUCUUACGAUUUUAAUGUAUACUGCCGAGAUGCACGACAUAA